CGAGCGCCUCCGAGCGCUUCCGAGCGUCGGGCCUGCCGGAGGCCCAGCUCCUCAGGUCCUGACGGGGAGACGCCAUGUUUCUGUGGUCGUCCGUCCGGGCCGGGGCGGCCGCCCUCUCCGCACUGCCCGGGCUGUCCGCCACCUGGGGAAGACAGACAAGAUAUUUACACAAAACUGUAGCGCGUAAAGGAGCCAGUGGUGCCUUAUUCGUGCACAGAGAUACUCCUGAGAAUAACCCAGAUACUCCAUUUGACUUCACACCAGAAAACUACAAGAGAAUAGAGGCAAUAGUGAAGAACUAUCCCGAGGGACACAAAGCAGCAGCUGUGCUUCCAGUUCUAGAUUUGGCUCAAAGACAGAAUGGAUGGCUGCCCAUCUCUGCUAUGAACAAGGUGGCAGAAGUUUUAGGAGUGCCUCCAAUGAGAGUGUAUGAAGUAGCAACUUUCUAUACAAUGUAUAAUCGAAAGCCUGUUGGAAAGUAUCACGUUCAAGUGUGCACAACUACACCGUGCAUGCUGCGAGAUUCCGACAGCAUAUUAGAGGCCAUUCAGAAGAAGCUUGGUAUAAAAGUUGGGGAAACGACACCUGACAAGCUUUUCACACUGAUAGAAGUGGAAUGUUUAGGUGCCUGUGUAAAUGCACCAAUGGUUCAAAUAAAUGAUAAUUACUACGAAGAUCUGACACCUAAGGACAUUGAAGAUAUCAUUGAUGAGCUGAAGGCUGGCAAAGUCCCAAAACCUGGACCAAGGAGCGGCCGCUUUUCCUGUGAACCGGCUGGAGGCCUCACUUCUUUGACUGAGCCACCCAAAGGACCGGGAUUUGGGGUUCAAGCAGGGCUCUGAGUAACUGGUGUCAAAACCUGUUACCUGUGAAAACAUUUCCCAGUAAACUUAAUAAAAUAUAUAUGCACAUCUCCAUCUA